GUCGUAUGGGCCGUCAUGAGCUGCUGAAUACGCCAUGCGGGGAGCGCGCUAUGGACCUGCUGAGCGUGUGUCCCGGCCUGCAGCCCGUGGCCAGCGGGAGCAGCCUCGCUGCCCUCGCGCCCAACGAGGAUGCCGUCGGCCAGAGCGCCGCCCCGGGCUGCGGCAGCCCCGGCAGCCCCUCCAGGAGCCCGCAGGACCACCCUGGCAUCCAGUACUCACUCGCGCGGCAGGAUGAGAUGUCGGACGCCGCGGCCCCCGUGGAGCACCACCGCGGUUCGUGGGCCAGCCCUCUGGAGUUCAUCAUGUCCUGCCUCAACUACGCCAUCGGCUUGGGCAACGUGUGGCGCUUCCCCUACCUGGCCUACCGCAACGGAGGAGGGGCGUUCCUGGGCCCGUACAUCAUCAUGUUGUUCCUCAUCGGACUGCCAAUCUUUUUUCUGGAGCUCGCCAUCGGGCAGUACGCUGGCCUGGGACCAAUUGAAGCUUUCCAGCGCAUCUCUCCAUUCUUCCACGGUCUCGGCUAUUGCACGCUGGUCGUCAUCACGCUCAUCACCGUCUACUACCAGGUGAUCGUGGCCUGGGCGCUGUUCUACAUCUUCAACUCGUUCAGCUACGAGCUGGGCUGGGGCUCGUGCAAGCACGACUUCAACUCCCCACGCUGCUUCAGCGAGAGCGCCAACUCCGAGUGCCUCGCGAACUCAACCAGCCAGCAGCCGCAGGACCUGCUCACGUACUACAACAAGACCUGCCAGCCGAUCGAGAGCCUGUGCAAGGGCUUCGACAUGCACGCCAUCAACUCCACGCACUGCGGGCUGAACGGCACGGACGUGUCGCUCAAGACCCUCCUGAACCGCGUCCUGGCCUCGGAGGAGUACUACAAUGACUACGUGCUGGGGAGGCAGGGGGCCACGUGGGAGAACUGGGGCGACUUCCACUGGACCAUGUGCGCGUACCUGUUCCUGUCGUGGAUCGUGCUGUACGGCUGCCUGGCGCGCGGCGUCCAGAGCUCGGGCAAGGCCGCCUACUUCACUACCAUCUUCCCCAUCGUGCUGCUCACCAUCCUGCUGUGCCGGGGCGCGACUCUGCCCGGCGCGUACGAGGGCGUGGCGUACUACAUCACGCCCCGCUGGGAGACGCUGCUGAACGCGGGGGUGUGGGGCGACGCGGCCUCUCAGGUCUUUUACUCGUUCGGCAUCGGCUGCGGCUCUCUCAUCACCCUCUCCUCGUACAGCAAGUUCACCAACAACUGCCACACCGACGCCCUCAUCGUGUCCGUGGCCAACUUGGGCACGGCCGUGUUCGCGGGAUUCGCCGUGUUCACCGUCAUGGGCUUCCUCGCCAACCAGCAGGGGGUAGACGUCACGGACGUCGUGGACUCGGGCCCCGGACUCGCUUUCAUCGUGUACCCCGAAGCCAUCCUCCGGAUGCCGGCCCCUCAGGUCUGGGCGGUCCUCUUCUUCUUCAUGCUCUUCAUCCUCGGCCUGGGGAGUCAGUUCGCCGGGGUGCAGGCCAUCACCACCGCCGUCAUCGACAAGUGGCCGCAGCUGAGCAGCAAGCAGUGGCUUGUGACGCUGGGCGCCUGCCUGGGCUGCUUCUUGAUGGAGAUCCCCAUGUGCUACUCCGGCGGCGUGUACAUGUUCACCCUGCUGGACUGGAACACGGCAUCCUGGGCCAUCCUGCUCAUCGGCUUUGCCGAGAUCAUCGUGGUUUCGUGGGUGUACGGCUGCGACCGCUUCUUGGAGAACCUCGACCAGAUGGGCAUCAAGUUCUACGCCCCUAUUCGAGCGUAUUGGCGCUUCGUAUGGGUAUUCGCCUCCCCCAUCAUCUCUCUUGCCGUGUUCGUGUUCGUCAUGAGCCAGUACGUCCCGGCGGCCUACGGCAACUACUCAUUCCCAUUCUGGGCCGACAUCAUCGGCUGGCUCAUCUCAAUCUCCACGCUGCUGCCCUUCCCGAUAUUUGCUGUGUAUCGUAUCAUCUACGGCAAAGAGGUGGGCAAAGAUCUGUUCAGCGCUAGCCCCAUGUGGUGCCCGCGGGAGGACGGCUGCAAGGUGAUCGACGAAGAGCGGUCCUCCAGCGACUUCACAGAGGGUGUCAAGUUGGACUGCCUCAACGGCAACGGGCACAUUAUCUCACACUUUGUGUACGACAACGUUGCUUUUGCCCGCGACAACGCCAGGACGUAGGAAGCGGCGAGGCAAAACCUCAAUCAAGAUCCUCGAGGCACCCCGUGCUUCCCCAUGGAAAAGUUUCUUGAAAUCUCCCGUCAGCUGAGAGCUGGCACGAACUCUUGUUGAGAGCUAAAUCUUCGCUGGUGGGGAGGGGAUUCGGGGAGGGGAGCCGCUGCAGCGUUCAAGGGUGCAAUUAUAGACAUUUUAAGCACUUCGAGGGCUAGCAGUGAUAGAUAGUUCGGCCUACAGGUUGCGUUCUCUACCAAAGAGUGUUAUCCGACAAAACAGCUGUGUGGGACUUCGAAGACGAGCCUUGGGGAAUGGUGCCAUGAGUUGCAAAAGAAACAUGUCUGUUUCUGAUGGCUUGCUGCAUUUGGCUGUGGCAAGAUAAGUUUUGCUAGCCACUCCGUUUUGUGAUAUUAAGUUUUUUUCCCUGCAUCUAAGCAAGGAUGGUUGCUUACAUGAAUUAAAGUCUGAAGCUUCAGCACAGAAAUAUUAUUCCAACUGCUCGAGCUGGUCUCAAGCAUGUGAACAAAUAGUCUCUGUUAUUUUCAACAAAAUUGUUUUAUUGUUACUCUAUUUGUGAGAUUAUCAAAAUGGUGCUUUAUAAUAAUUAUUUUUUGUCAUAAUUCUUUUGAUGAAGCGCCGGGAAGCGCAGACUUAUCCACAUGAGAGAGUAAGAAACUGGUUAGUUAUGUGAUAUAAAUAUCUUAUUACAAUUAAGUUGCGAAUGCAAUGAGAUUUAGGGUUACUAUAGCAGGUGAAGUAGGCUCAAUUAUUAAAUCAAAUGAAGUCUCUUAGACGAGUCAUCAAGCCUCACAUCCUUUUUAAAUUGCUCAAAACAUAAAUUGUAAGCCCAACUUUGAUGUGUUGUGAUUAUAAGUCUACUUUUCCCGUUGAGGCAAUGAUCAUAACAAACCCCAGUAAGGCUUUUUACAAUUGAGUAAGAGUGGUGGAGCAAGCAAAAAGUGCUAUUUUAGUCAAAUAGAUUAAUGUACAAGACUUUUCCCAAUCAUUCUAAUCAAAUAUUUAGUUGACUUGUCCCAAUGCUAACUACACAAACUGAGCCCUAAAUUUACUGUCUUCUGAUUUAAAGCAAUAAUUUCCGUAAAAAUCAGAUAAAAUCCGUUAAAGCAUAACACGAAAUUAUGUGGCAAUAGGUUCCAAUUAUCUGUUCAAAAACCACUACAUUAAUGAAGUUUAAUCACCUACUUAUCUCCUUUUAACUUUUUAAAAACCACAUUUUGUUUUUCCUUUUUUAAUUAAUUCAGACUCUUGACUUUAAUCUAUUCUGGGAUGGCAAGGGAGUGUCUGUUUGAUUGGGACAGGAAAAUAGGGCACCAGGAGGCUUAAUCUUACUCUUGCCAAAUAAUAAUACUAUAAGACAUGUAUGGUAGCCCGGAUAGUGAUACUAUGUGUAUAUUUUGUGUCAAAGUGAUUCCAAUAAUUAAAAAGAAACAACAAUGACAAUUCUUACAGCAAAUGUACAACUUCAGCCUAAAUAAAGUGGCUGCCCUCAAAAAAGUUGAAUUUUUUAAAAAUCUUUUGUAAUAGCUCCAUAGAUGCAGGUGUUUCUCUAAAAGAGUGAGCUUGGUUAAGUCCAUGAAAAGAAUUGAUUUUCUUUUGCAUUUACUAUGUUUUUUUCCUGUUUCAGUCUGAGCAAAAAUUAAAUCUCAAAAACCACUGAAUUUCAAUCUUACUGGUCUCACUCCUAAUGUACGACCACAUAACUGAGGAAAUAAACUUUUACUCUUUUCAAUAGUUGUCAAGAAUUAUCAUUGUAGUAAACAUUGUACAUAAGUAACUUUUACAUAUGAUGGAAACCGGAAAGCAGGGUUUACAAGGAAAAGGUUAUUUAUAAUUUGGUGCCGAUUGUUCCUAGAUUAUAGUUUGCCACUUUGGUUUUUUGUUGUUUUUUUAUUUUUGUUCAUGAAAGUUGUAUGAAACCUUGUAGAAGGUGACCUGAAAACAGUGAUAACUGUGAUAAUGCUGAAAUCAGAUUAUGUAAGAUCCAUUAGAUCUGAUAGUAAAGAGGUAAGAGUUUUAGAUUAUCAGAUGAUUCAUUUAGUAAAAGGAAUAGGACUUUUGAAAAGAAUACAAAUAAAAAUGUAGAGAAAUUCAUAGUUCAUGGAACAAAUUAAGGAACUGCAUUUUUAAAACUGAAUUGUAUUGUUUGUUUUGUAAUAAAGGGAUGUUCUAAUUCAUACUAAACAGGUCCUAAUGACAGUGAACCUUAUGACUUUUCAAUUUCAGUUACUUUAAUGGUAAAUAUCUGGAGAGAAUAUUAUACACAUGCUUAAAAAUUGCAGAUUACCAAAUUUUUUCAAUGGAAAAUCAUUAACUGAAAGGUCAUAGGUCCUUACAAAAUAAUCUGGUUUCAUUGGUUUUAUUUUAAUCUAGAAGGUAACUAGAGCGGACAUGUAGCAGAGUGCUUUCUGUGUUCUGUGUUAGCUGUCAACAAAAGACAUUUGUAUGAGCAGUAGGAUGGUGUAGACAUUAUGGUUGAUAAUGAACCAAAUAAUAGAUUCUACCCAAGUA